AUGGAUAACUUCAUUUCAUGUGGAGAUAUCACUGAUGAAGUCUGGGAAAAGGUAAUGGCAGUCAAUACUACCGGUCCCAUAAGAACAAUGAGGAAAGCCAUUCCCAUCAUGUCCCAAAAGAAGAAUGGAGCGAUCAUCAACAUUGCAUCGUUGGGAGGCCUUCAUGGUGGACGAGCAGGUAUUGGUUAUACCGCAAGCAAGCACGCACUGAUAGGAAUGACCAAGAAUGUUGGUUUUCAUUAUGGUGAUCAAGGUAUUCGUUGCAACGCCAUUGCUCCUGGAAGUGUUCAGACCAAUAUUGAAGUUAAAAAUCCUCACCGUUGGGUGCAGUAA